UAUCCUAUCUUUGUAUCCACCACCUAAACCAUCGUACAUACAUAAACAGCGCUGUCUCAUUUCUUUCAUCUCACUCAUCCCAUUACCUUCGCCAUCUCCCUUUCCCCCUUCCCCUUCUUCCCUAACCUCCACCCUUCCAACGUCCAACCCCCGAAAUGUCCUGCCCCGACUGCUUCAAAGGCGCCAUCCACUCCCACAAAGGCUCCCCCCGCGGCCACGAGGAAGACCUCCACGGCGUCCGCACCUACAUCACCGGCCCCCCGACCUCCGCCUCCGCCUCCCCGUCCACCUCCCAAUCCACCAUCAUCUACCUCACCGACGCCUUCGGCCUCUCCCUCAUCAACAACAAACUCCUCGCCGAUGCCUACGCCACCCGCACCGGCCUACGCGUCCUCGCCCCCGCCCUCAUUCCUGGCGGGCCCGCGCCCCUCGCGUUGCUCGAGCCUAUGGAGGCCGCCUUCGACAGCAUCGCGUGGUGGGACCUCUGGGGCCAACUGACACGGCUCGGGAACCUCUUUACGACGAUCCGGCUCCUCGCGCUAUUCUACCUGCGCGCGAACCCUGGGCGCGCGAGUACGUACGCGCCCAUCCUGGCGUACGCGCGGGCCGUGAAGGCGGGCCUGCCGCCGGGCGCGCGGCUGGGGGUGUGUGGGUUCUGCUGGGGCGGGUACUCGAGCACGAAGUUGUGUGGGGAGGCGGCGGUGGCAGGGGGCGGGGAAAGGUUGGUGGAUGCGCAGUUUUGCGCGCAUCCGAGUGCGUUGACGGCGGAGAUGGUGGUGGAGGCGGUGACGCGGUGGAAAGUGCCGUAUGCGGUGGCGGUGGGAGACAGGGAUUUUGUGUUUAAGGGGAAGCAGGUGGAGGAGACGGAGGCGGCGCUGAGGGUCAAGGCGGGGGAUGGGAUGGGGGAGAGGGGGUGUUGGUAUGAGUUGAGGGUGUAUGCGGGCUGUCAGCAUGGGUUUGCGGUCAGGGCAAGGCCGGGGGAUGAGGUGCAGGAGAGGGGCGCGGAGGAGGCGUGUGGGCAGGCAGUGGAGUGGUUUAGGCGGUGGUUGUGAGGGCUGGCGUGGGCCUAUUUGAGGGAGGAGGGUCUAAAGCUGUCGAGAACUGUCGCGAACGCGAUGCUGAUAUUUGACACAAGUUUACUCGGAAGCCUCCUUUAUUGGUGUCCUUGAGGACUGCACAUGCUAACCAGAUCUCGUGUACUAUGCCUUGUUGGUAGCAGGCAAGUGUGCGCAGACUUUUAUCAAGAAAUUUGCGCACCCGGUUAUAGCACUGCUUGCAUUUCACUCCCGGCCAGCUAGCAGUUAGCCCGUUAGUCAAAAGAGACUCGUAGGGACCCCAGGCAGUAGCAAAAGGGUUUGCUCAGACUUUUGAUACCUUUGUAAGACAAUAUAGUCCAUG